AUUAUAGAGUUGGCAAAUGAAUAUAAUAGAAAAAUAAAGAUUAUUGGAUCAGGACACUCGCCGUCAGAUAUUGGAUGCACUGAUGGAUUCAUGAUAAGUAUGUAUAAAAUGGACCAUAUAUUAAGUGUUGUUGCUAGUGAUGAUUCAGAGGAAGGGGUGAAGUUGGUGACUGUUGAGGCUGGAAUAGAACUCUCAAAGCUUAAUAAAGAAUUAUCUGAAAAUCAGUUGAAUUAA